AUGGAUUUGUCCCUUAUUGGUGAUUUUCACUUUGAUAACAUGGUUAUGAGAGAUAAUACAAAAAAUAUUGUUUGCACUGACUAUCCGGUGAUUGUGCUAGCAUUACCAGCACUAUACAUUUUGAAUAGUGCAGUAGGGGUGGUGGAGCUUGUAGAACAAAAACUCUGGCAGAAGGGAAAGGCCACAGGACGCUGCUGCCAAACACCUGUGAGCGGGCACGCGUGCCUCGGGCCUCUGCGCGGACUUCGCGGAGGCCGCCGCUCUGUCUCCACCCCGCGCGGAGUAAGGGCCACUCCUCCCCAAAGCCUCCCGGCCUUUGCCCGCGCUGGCGGUAGGGCUCGCAGCCAGCUAGUCCCAGCGCGGGUAGGGCCCAGCCGGCCUCCGUCUAGUCCGCAGCGCGCUCGCCCGGAGGAAUGUUUUAAAGGAAGUUGGGCUACUCACAAGUUACUACAUAAGAAAGCAAAAGAUGAAAAGGCAAAGCGAGAAGUGUCUUCCUGGACCCUGGAAGGUGAUAUUAAUACAGACCCGUGGGCAGGAUAUCGAUACACUGGUAAACUCAGACCACAUUAUCCGCUGAUGCCAACAAGGCCAGUUCCAAGUUAUAUUCAAAGACCAGAUUAUGCUGAUCAUCCCUUAGGAAUGUCUGAAUCUGAACAGGCUCUUAAAGGCACUUCUCAAAUUAAGUUACUUUCAUCUGAAGAUAUAGAAGGGAUGAGACUUGUAUGUAGGCUUGCAAGAGAAGUUCUGGAUAUUGCUGCUGGGAUGAUUAAACCAGGUGUGACUACUGAAGAAAUAGAUCAUGCUGUACACUUAGCAUGCAUUGCAAGAAAUUGCUAUCCUUCUCCUUUGAAUUACUAUAAUUUCCCAAAGUCUUGUUGUACCUCAGUGAAUGAAGUCAUUUGCCAUGGAAUUCCAGACAGACGACCUUUGCAAGAAGGUGACAUUGUUAAUGUGGACAUCACUCUUUACCGCAAUGGUUAUCAUGGGGACCUGAAUGAGACGUUUUUUGUUGGCGAUGUGGAUGAGGGAGCACGGAAACUAGUGCAGACAACAUACGAGUGCCUGAUGCAAGCCAUUGAUGCAGUGAAACCUGGUGUUCGAUACAGAGAAUUGGGAAACAUUAUUCAGAAGCAUGCUCAAGCAAGUGGAUUUUCAGUUGUUCGAAGUUAUUGUGGGCAUGGAAUUCAUAAGCUUUUUCAUACAGCUCCCAAUGUACCCCAUUAUGCCAAAAAUAAGGCUGUUGGAGUGAUGAAGUCGGGCCAUGUAUUUACAAUCGAGCCAAUGAUUUGUGAAGGUGGGUGGCAAGAUGAAACCUGGCCAGAUGGUUGGACCGCGGUGACGAGAGAUGGAAAGCGUUCUGCUCAGUUUGAGCAUACUCUGCUGGUAACAGACACUGGCUGUGAGAUCCUGACCCGGCGACUGGAUAGUACACGGCCUCACUUCAUGUCCUAAUUUUAAUUUCUCCCAAGAUGACACAUCUCAAAAAUACCUUUUUACUGUACUAUGCAUUUUAUUGAGAGUACAGAAAGGAAGAGGGAAUUUUUUAAUCACUUACUUUGUUUUGAUAAGAGUGUUGUACAGCAUUGGUGUGAAUCCUCAAGAACUUGUCUUGAGUCUGAAAAAGCUGAGAAGAAUAAAGGAAACAUUGCUUAACUCCUUUUAAUAUUCUCCUCAGCCCCUGUUUUCUGAAUACCUGUUUUCUCAUUUGCCCCUUGAGCACUUUCACUUAAAGCUUCGUCUAGUUGCUUUUAGCACUGCCAUAGACUGGCCAUCAGGAGCCAGCUGCUUUCCAGUGAAUGUGGAAAAUGAAAAUCCUUGAAACUCUAGCAACAUCUGUUGCUCCAGAUUUUUUAUUUUAUAUAUAUUUGGAAAUAUAUAUAUGUAUACAUUUUAAAUUCCAUAUACACAAUUGAGAACACCAUGUGACCUUUGGUUUAGGUUAAUUCUGUUCUGGCAGGGUUAUUUGCUGUCAUAAAUGGAUGCAUAGUUUAUAGUGACUUAAUUUCUAGCUGGGAAUUGGCCUCUCUGUCCUUCUUGCUAAUUGUUUAUACCUGUAAUUGUGUGGAGGGAAGCACUCAGUGAGACCUUCCCAGUGUCCACUUUGGGUCACCAGAUGACUGUGGUAACAUUCAGUUCAGAAGCAUAUCAAACUUUUAGAAGUCUAGCUUAUGGCAAAAAUAGUUAUGUUCUAAGUGCUGGGUGAUGUUGAAAGGCAUGAGAAGUUUACAAUGCGCUGCCAUUUCAGAAUUCUAUUGGUCAGAAAUGGGAAAGGACAAGCCCUUUUACUUCUCCUCUCCUAUUUUGAGGGCAUGCCUUGGAGACACUGAAAAAAGGUAGAGGUUGCCCUGUGGGAUGAUGGGAAAGAGUUCUAAAAUGUUUCUGGCUGUGAGCACAGUAAAUCAGGGGGCUAUGAGAACCUGACAUUUAGUAAACCUAAUAGUGAUGAGGAAGGGACAUUUUGAGUAUCAUAACCUUGCAUAGGGAUACUGCUGUGUGUGGUGUGCUGAAAAUACAUACCACCUAUUCAUAAUGGAGAACCUCAUUAGAAAUAGCCUUGGUUGCCCAAUAUCUAUGUUUCUUUCAACAAUUGUUUAGAUAGAAGUGUACACUGAAGAUAGAUCAUAAAGUCUUUGUCAGUAGACAGUGUAGUGUACUUGAUUACUGGGUGUCUGAUGACUUUCUAGUAAUUUGGUACCACUGACACAUUAUACUUGUAAAAGAACAUCUUUCCCAGAGUGCCUCAGACCUUAUUGCUUUGAGAAUUAUGAUGUUUUCAUUACUUUUAUUAUUUUAAUGAUUUAGUAAAGUGACUAAAUCUGGUAUAGGCUUUUGGGGUAUGUGUGUAAAGUUUUUAUCAAACUGUAAUAUUUGUGAAUGGAAUGCCUUGUAAUAUGAAUGUUAAUAUAAUGUGUAAAGGGAGAUUAAAAAGUUUAAAUAAUUAUA